AUGAAUAAUGAUAUAGAAAGGAAGAUAUCAUCGAAUUUGUUUGGGAAGAUCAAACCAGUUUGUGUCAAGUUGGUUGAAGGUGGUAAUGAGAAUCUUCUCAUUGAGUUGAAAGAGAUUUUAAUCAAGGAUAAGGAGGAAUCAUUUGGAUAUUAUUCUAUCUCACCUAAUGUAGGCGAUUAUAUAUUUUAUCCUAUUUCGACUAUAUUAAACCAGGAAUUGGCCACUAGAGACUUAAACAGUCCCCAUGACGUUUCUAGCAGUAAAUCCAAUGCUCGUGUGGCUAUGAUACAGAUAAUUGACUAUUUGAUAGUGAAUUCAUGGGUUCCUCAUAAUAGAUUCAAAGAACUUAUAGGCCAUUUGUUACCUGUGAUACUUUAUCUCAUCAAGCAAGUGGGUGAAUGUCAACAAGCUAGUGACUUGCUUUAUACGAUCAUCGUAUAUGAAGACUUUUACACUGAAGAUAUCAAGAAAUUGACUAUGUUGAGUGAGAUUAUUCAGAUUCUCCUUAAAGAUGUGGGAAUGAAUAUCAAAGGGUUGAAGAAGAUCAUGGAUUCCAUAUCUGAUGAACAACUAUCCAGAGUUUUCCCAGGGAUUGUUUCAGCCGUGGUGAACUAUUAUCAAAGAAAUACUACUUAUGAAGUAACCUGUGAGCUUCUUGAUAUCCUCAGAAUGGCUAUAAUCAAGGUGUUUAAUGAUGAAGCCUUAGGGUUGAAGCUCAUCAGUAAAGAUUUGAGCCAUUUGGAUGAUGGUGACGUAGGUUUCACCUUAGAUUCUGGGGAUUUCAGGAACGAAUCGUGGUUAAAAGCAACAUCCACACAAUUGAAACUUUCUUUGGUGUCAUUAUUCAAAAAGAUGUUCAGCAGGAAAAUCAUCAAGACACAGGUGUUUGACAGUGUCUUAAAGUUCACAAGAGACUUGUUAUAUCAUUGUUACUGGAGCUUAUUUGACAUUUUAUCUGUACAUCUAGAUAACUUAUCUUUAGUGAAUUAUUGUAGGUUCUACCCCGAUACUGGGAAGUUGCCCAUGGAAGUACAGAAGGAACUGUUGAGUGAAAUACCCUUCUUCGUUCAUUUGAAGGACGAUUCAAAGACUACUACUUUUGUGAGGAACAAAUUGAAUGAUUUGAUUGAUAAAGCACCUCUUAUAAUGAAUUCCUUCGAUGAGGAAAGAAUCCUUAAGUACUUCAUAUCAUUGAAAACACAUCUUUCCAUAAUCCACGACGAUGAUAUCAUACUCAAUGUUUUGCAAGCAAUAAAGAAGGCUUUAAGUGUUUCUAAUGAGAACGAAUCUCUCCAUAACUUGAAUGAUCUUCUCAGGAACACUCAGAAUCCUACAGGAAUUGCCCAAAAUCCUACUGACGAAGUAGAUGAAGACAUUAUCAACCCUGAAGAUAACAAGCUUGACGAUAUCAAAUUACCACCAUACGUCAAUGCCAGCAAUAUCAAAAAAUUCCAAUACAGAGAUACCACAUCCAAACAACUCACAUUGACUAACUGGACAAUGAAACCCGAAGAAACUAGAAUCAUUCCUGACAUCCAUAAAUCUGUAGAACUUGAAUUGACAGAGUUCGUGGUGUUCUUGAAUGAUCUUAUUAUCGACAAAGUCAGUUUACUCAAUAAUUUCAUUGACGAUGAAAUGUCCUUGUGGAUUGCCAACAACUUGUUCAACGAAAUAUUCGAUAUUAAUGAGUUCCUCGAUUUUGGAGAUCAAACAAACGAUGAAGAUGAUGAGGAAAUUGCCUAUUUACUAGGUAAUCAAUGUCAAGAUAUUAUAGAAUCUGUAGAGCUAGAUAAACUCACCACUAUCACCACCAGGGCUUCCGAAACUAUCAGUAACAAUAAGGAGAUUCAAAAGAUGGGGAUAGCUAUAGAUACUAUGGGGAAACUAUCAAACAUCCUACCAAAGGACGAAUUCAAAGAGAACUUCCUUAUAAAUUACCUUUAUUCGUUGUUUGAAUCACUUACGGUUCCAGCCGUUGAAAACUUCUCCAAAAACACUUUACUCAAGAUCGCUUCCAAUUACUAUGAUUCAUCCAUGGAAACUUUGAUUAUGGAUAACCUGACAUAUCUCGUGGAUUCAAUUAGUUUGAAGUUGUCUUCUAAUGAUCUCAAACCAUCAUUGACUCGAAUCCUUUUGAUCAUCCUUAAGAUUUCAGGUAAGGAGUUGAUCAGGAAUAAUCUGUUAUCUGAUUUGAUAGAUCAAUUGUUCAUCCUUAUAGAUUCUUACCAUGGUUAUGGAGUGUUGAUGGAAGGUUUCUUCAUGGUGUUCAAUGAAGUUAUCAACAAUAUCAGACAACUUUAUCUUCUUGAGAAGUUCAUCGAUAUCCCUUCAAGUUUAUACAGACCUUGGGGAAUGACCACUGUUGAACAACUCAAAGAUCUACUUGAUGAGUCUAAGAAACUCAUUGACCCUUUUGAAUAUGACAAAGAUAAAGAAUACUUCAGAAAACCAGAUACCCCAUUUUCUGAGAUUGAUGGAGAUUCUGAUGAUGAAGAAGAGGAACCUGAACAAGACCCUGAAAAUGACAAAGAUUCAGAAGAUAAGUGGGAUUGUGUUAUUCCUAAAGACAUAUAUUUCCAAGCUCAAAGAGUGUUUAUCUAUGGAAUGAAGUUACUUUCCCAUCCUUCACCAUCCUUAAAGAAUUAUAUCAUCAACUGUCUAAUCAACGUGUAUCCAAUAUUAACCACCAAUUACCCUUUACUUCUUCCUUUGAUAUCCAAUUGGUCAGAAUUUGAAAUCGUUGAAAACUCUACUAUCUUUGAGUUAUUGACCUUGAUGUUAGAGAUUGAUAAGUUCAAGAAUGAGAUGUUUUUGGGUAAGAAAUUCAUUGAUCUGUUCAAAACCAUUGAAACUUUCAACCCAAAAAACCUCACCACAGCCAAUAAACAAUUGAUACUGGAUUACUUGAUCACAGGGUUGAACAAUUAUGAAAGAAUAAUCCCUGAUACUAUAGCCAUUAAAAUAAUGAAACUUUUAAUGGUUUUAGGUAUCCCCGAGAACCUUGGCAAACAAGCAAGGAACAUUCUUUGGGUUUUGAAACAUAGUGAUCUUUAG